CCGAGGGGCGGCCGCCGGCGGAUGCUGAGGUCCGCGCGCCGGGGACGACCGGGCACCUCCCGCGGCGGCCCCGCAGAGCUCCUGCCCCCCGCGCGGAGCCCGCGCCCCCGCCGCCCCGCGCCGCCGCCGCGCUUUCCUGCUCUCCUCGCCCGCCUCUUCCGUCUCCGGAGGGAAGCGCCGCUGCCGCCGCCGCAGCCCCGCGCAGGGCACGCGCCCUCCUCCUCCCGCGCGCCCCCGCGUCCCGCCCGGGUCUGCGGCCCCGCGUCCCGCCGCUGCGGAGGCAGGGCAGGACGGGCCCCUGCGAGUGCCGCGACGCGCGGUCAGCCGUGCUCCGGUCCACCUGCCGGUCAGCCUGCGGGGGUCUCGUGUCGGGUCGCCAGGACUCUGCUUGCAUGCGAAUUCGGUUGUCUGCACCGCGGAUUUUUGAGACUAACCGUAGUUUUGGAAGCUUUUAAACGCCGUCGGCCCGAGGGCGGCCGCCGCGAGGUCGGACAUGUCCGCGGUGCUGCGGGAGCUGCUGCGGGUCUCCGAGAAGGCGGCGGACAUCGCCCGGGCGUGCCGGCAGCAGGAAGCCCUGUUCCAGCUGCUGAUCGAAGAAAAGACGGGGGGAGAGAAGAACAAGAAGUUCGCAGUUGACUUCAAGACGCUGGCGGACGUGCUGGUGCAGGAGGUGAUCAAGCAGAGUGUGGAGAACAAGUUUCCAGGCUUGGGAAAAAAAGUUUUGGGAGAAGAAUCGAAUGAGUUCACCAAUGAUUUGGGGGAGAAGAUGAUCGUGAGGCUGUGUCCGACGGAGGAGGAGACAGCCGAGCUCCUCAGCAGGGUCCUUGGUGGCAACAAGUUGGCUUCUGAAGCGUUAGCCAGGGUUGUUCAUCAGGACGUCACCUUUGGCGACCCGGCUCUGGACGCAGUGGAGGUUGACAUUCCACAGGACACCCUGGGGAUCUGGGUGGACCCCAUAGAUUCCACUUACCAGUACAUAAAAGGUUCUGCGGACAUUAAAUCCAACCAAGGAAUCUUCCCCAGUGGACUUCAAUGUGUCACCAUUUUAAUUGGUGUCUAUGACCUACAUACAGGGGUGCCCCUAAUGGGAGUCAUCAACCAACCUUUUGUAUCACAAGAUCUAAACACCCUCAGGUGGCAAGGACAGUGCUACUGGGGCCUUUCUUACGAGGGGACCAACCUCCAUUCGCUUCAGCUUCCCGACCCCAGAAGCAAGAGUAGUGACACGCAGAGCCGAGGGACCGAAGACGCCGGCUCCGAGGGCGAGCGCCCUCCCGGGCUUUCAGCCGUCAUCAGCACGAGCGAGAAAGACACCAUCAGAGCCGCCUUGGCACGUGUGUGUGGCGAGCGCGUGUUCCCGGCGGCCGGGGCCGGCUACAAGAGCCUCUGCGUUGUCCAAGGCCUUGCUGACCUUUACAUCUUUUCGGACGACACCACGUUCAAGUGGGACUCGUGCGCCGCUCACGCCAUCCUGCGGGCCAUGGGCGGGGGGAUGGUGGAUUUCAGCCGGUGCCUGCGGGCGUCCUCCGGGCGGGCGCACGACUGGCCGCAGCUGCUGUACCACGCGGGAGACGAAGGGGCCGCCGGCGUGGAUCGCUGGGCCAACAAGGGCGGGCUGGUGGCCUACAGGUCCCAGAAGCAGCUGGAGACGUUCCUGAGCCUCCUCAUCCCCAACCUCGCCCCCGCGGAUGCGCGCACGUAGCCAACUCUGCCCUCUUGUGCGCUUCAGAACCCAACCGAGAGGCAGUUUCCCGCGCCUCGUACCUUUGGGAGAUACCUUCCUCCUGCUGAUGGUCAGGCUUCUCCCCCGUCUUCUGAGGAGCAUUUUCCCCAUGAUGUGUCCGUCGGAUGUUCGUCUCAUGAAUGAACCAUGUCCGUGCGGCGGCUGCACAGCUGGGCCGGCUUUCGGCCGCGGGUGUUGUGCCAUUCCUGCCGCCUGAAGCACUUCAAUAAAACCCAAGAGGAAGAAUCCGACUGCCUUAGUAUCACUCUUCUAAGCAUCUAAAUCACACGUAGAAUGUCGCUGAAAUUCUAGGGAGAACGUAAGAAAAAGCUGUGCUUGGAUUCUGUUUCCUGUCCCGAAGGGAAAAUCUACAGCUUUAGCCUUUGCCAGAACAUUUAGAACCUUGAAUCUGAUGCAUAAUUUAGCCAAGUUCAUGUACAUUAAGUCUCCUCUGCUUAAAAGAAUCAUAGCCCGGAGCACUGUGUGUCCCUCCUCCUGUCGCUCACAGCCUCUCGCACACAGUGUGUGUGUGCGCGUGCACACACACACACACACACACACACAAAUCUCUAAUCCUAAUAUCCUCAUAGACACGCUCCAUUUCUAUCACCAAGGCAGACGGGGAUGAAGAGGUUUCUGCAAUUCUUGCAGUUUUUAAAUUUCAAAAACCAGGGGUAGAGCUAAACAUAGUCAGUCCUCGUGUUUACUGGAGUCCGGCAGGAUGUCCUUUGAGGGGAAGGUGGACCUCUUUUCCUGUUCUGAGCGGCGUUGGUAAAGACCCAGGCCCCCAUCCGGAGGGAUGAACACUCCGCUCUGAUUUUUUCAUGUCUUGCGCCCUCUGGGGGCCAAAGGGUAUUUUUGGAGCAUUUUCUAUUUCUCUGUAAUUAUAAACGAAUGAAAAUGACAAACUGUUUUUGAUAGUCUGGCGUUGCAAACAGCAGAUUCAACAAUUAUUGAUAAUCGAGUUAUAGCAUUUAAAGCCAUCGUUGUGUUUUGUGACAGAUUGUUGGCUCUCGAGCUAUAUAUUCUUAAGUCCUUAGAGUGUUCUCUUAAAGGUUGAUUUUAAAUAAAAGUGAGCUCAUUCUUCACAAACCGCAUUAAAAACGAAAGCCCAGAAGCUAGCCCUGCUCCCUGAUAUGCACCAGAAUGGAGAUAUGGAAUAUGUUUCAGGAAAAACAUUUAUUGUCCACAUGAACAUUUUAGAGCAUGUAAAUUUUCAAUAAAAUACAGUGAAAACAG